UCGUGAGAAGAUGGCUAUAACUUUGCCUAGGCUCAUCUUCACCCUCAGUUUUUAUUCUCUUUAUGACUUUCUAAUAACCAAUUCGAAUUGUAUUACAAAAAGUACAAUCGUUUUUUACAACGAUACGGUCACCAUUCGGAAAACCGAAUUUUGCUUCUCGCCCUCGACAAAUUUCCGUUGCUCUAAAAAAGAGGAAGUGAUAAUACCAUCCAAUGAUACAAUAAUUACGUGUUGCCCUGGUUUCCACAAAAUAGAAGAGAAUGGAGUGAUAAAGUGUCGUUGUUCAAAGUGUCCAGUCUCCAAUAUGAGAUGCGAUGCAGACUCCGAGAAGUGCGUCUGCGAAGAUGGAUGGAUCGGAGAAUUUUGCGAUAACCCGUGCCCCAAACUAUACUUUGGUCCUAGAUGUGAAAAAAAGUGCGAUUCGGGACCUAACACAUUUGACUGCGAUCAUGUAACAGGGAGGCAACUGUGCUUUCCCGGUUUCUUCGGCGAUAGGUGUGAAAACCUUUGUCCGAAAGGAAUCUACUGUGUUGAUGGAAAAUUUUGCAAAAGUCCCGGUGAUUGCCAAUGCCCCCCAGGUCGUAAUGGAACAUUUUGCGAGAUCAAAGUUCUCCAAGACGAGGUGACUGAAGCCGAGGAAGGACCUGGUUGUAAUAACGCAGGUGAAUGGGACAAUGAUCGUGGUCGAUGCAUUUGCAAGCCGGGCUGGCAAGGCAAGAUUUGUGAAAAAAGAUGCGACCAUGGUUAUUAUGGAACGGAUUGCUCGACCAAAUGUCCGACUCCUUCAAAGCAGUCUCAUAUUUCGAGGAAGACCUCGAGCUGUGAUCCAGCCACGGGUUUUUAUAAGUGCGAGGUGGGGUUCAAAGGUAAAAUUUGCGACAGAUGCAUGAUCUGUGACUGCCCUCCCGGUUAUAAGGGCAAUAAUUGUGAUGAAUUGUGCGAGGAAGGACGAUACGGAAUAAAUUGUCAUCAGAUCUGCUCUUGUGAAAAUAAUGCGACUUGCUCCCCAUUUGACGGUACCUGUACGUGCUUAGCUGGUUGGUCAGGAGAAAAGUGUGGAGAUGCUUGCCAAAGCGGUUACUAUGGAAUUAACUGCACUACUCGGUGCGAUUUUGAAGGACACUCCAAGGAAUGUCAUCAUAUAACAGGAGAGUUAGUUUGUUCGCCUGGCUACAUAGGACCAUUCUGCAAUGAAACCUGCCCAUGUGGAAAAUUCGAAAAGGAUUGCCCAGAAAGUUGUGAAACUAGACGCAGUUUAAAAUCAUCGGCACAGACAGAGGCGAUUGAUGAGAAACUGCUGUUGGAUUUGCAGACUCCAAUUGGGUUUUUUCGGAGAUAUGUAUGGUAUUUUAUUGCACUUGCUGCUUGCUUGAUAGCAUUUGCUUCUGCCAAUUUAAUUGUGGUCAUAUUUCAACGUAAGUGGAGGAGAAAUAACGGUUUACUCUUGGAAGUUCCUUACAAUUAUAGGGAAUUUCCGGAUAAGGACAAGGAAAAAGUAGAAGACCAUCAAUAUGAAGAAAUUGGAGUAUAUGAACGAGGGGACACUUACGAUCAUUUGGAUUUGAAAAAACAAAGGCAAAAUUUCCACCCGAACUAUGAAAACUCUAAUGGAAAAUUCAAUUUGUGGCAUAUUUGAAAAUUAUUUUAUUUUAUUCGACAGGACAGGGAGGUAGUGAAACACGAAAAGUUUUUCAAUUGUAGAAUUGGAAAAAGAAAUGAAUGUAGGGCCCCACGUUGGGCGCAAUUUGUAAUGAGUACUAUCUUGGUCAAAAACUCUUCAUUCUCGGUGUUUGGUAAGUCCAUCAGAGCCUUUUUAAUUUGUUGAUUACCUCUUGCUGGUUGCUGAAAUAUUUUGUGAGUAUUUAAUCGGAUUCAGCCAUGAAAAUGAUCUCUUUUGCGAGACGACUAUUGAACUAUGGCUCUUAUAGAGUAAACUUUCCGGUCCCUCGCUUCCACAGAAUACUACAACAAUUUGUAUUUUUAGGGACAGUCUUGGGACUUGUUUUUUCAGUUUUGUGGAUAUUACUUUGUUAUUAUUUCUUUUUAAUUGAUUAUCUCCUGUUCACUCCCUUGUGGAGUAUAAAGAAUUCGCACAGUGGGACUGUGGGUCAGUUUUACUAUAAUCACACCAAGAAGACAGUGUAUACAGGAGAUUCAACUCACGGCGCAUUCUUUGAAAUUUUAUAGAGACGAAAAAUCAUUGCACAUGUUCGACCGCAAUGGGAGAUGCGCAAUCAGAAUUCCACCAUAAGGGCUGGUGUGCGCUCAUGUGAUUGCGAGCACAUGACUGUGAGUUGCUGCGAGCACUUGGCAGCAGUGUACACAGACUAGAAAAGGUAACAUCAAUACGAAACGUCAAAUUGCUGAUGACGUCAAUUGGACCGAUACAAUGUGUAGUAAAAUUUUAUAAACAUCUUGUACCUCCGGCACUAUUAUGGCUAAAGGAAAAUUAUGAAUUAAAAUUGGUAGGAAACAUCUCUAUUUAUGAAUAAAGUCCUUAUCUAUGAAAAUCA